UAAAAAUAAUAGUCCGACACACGCAUGCCACCACUCGCGAUGUCAGUUUAGCCCCGAGCGAGCAUUUUGUCAAAAUAUUCCGAUCGGGACAGGCUCAGGAGCUAGAGAGUUACGAUCAUUUAAGUAACGAUCCAAGUGCUAAGCGUUGAACUAAGUGAUACAUUUCGAGCAACUCGCACUCUCACACGUGCACUUGAUCUGCGACGGUGAAAAGUAAGCGCACCCGGUAGCCUUAGUCGGUCCCUGGCCUUAUAUAAGCAAAAAAGAAUUCGCCGAGAGCGCCAAGGCGCGCAUGCCUACAAGGUGUCAAUUAUUGCUGUUGUGAAACAUUUGGACCCUAACGCUGUUUGGUGACGAAUUUGCCGUAACAAAAAACCAGUGAUUCAAGUGUUUGGGGCAAAAUGUCCAAAAAGCUCCCCGUUCGCACACUCAGCGAACUGACGUUGGCGGAGCUGGCUGGUACGAUUGUGGGCGCGAUCGGUACCAUGGUACAGACGAGCCAUGCGUUCGGAAUACCACCCGACUACACGCUGCUGAUGGUGGAGAUCAACUCGUACAUGGACAAUCUGGGUGCCACGAGCAACAUCUACGAGGAUCUGCUGCGUGUGAUCCUCUGCUCUGACUCGCUCGAAGCUUCGAUGCGCUUCUGCUGUCUGCAGAUGCUGCUGAACGAGGGCGUCCAGUGUCUGGUGACGGAGAUCUUUCCCCUCGCGUACUACGAGCGUAUACUGCAGGUGAUCGCGGCCCAGGGUCGUGGAUUGCGCCAGCUAAACAUGAAGGGUGUUUGGGUGAAGGAAGAGUGCAUGUGCUACAUGUUCGAGAUUGUGAAGCGUUUGCCGCACCUGACCAAGCUGACCAUCCCGCACAUUGCGAACGAUAACCUGCUGAAGCACAUUGCCGACUAUAGCAAGUGUAUGAGACAGCUGGACAUAAGCGGCGAAACGGACAUUACGGAGAUCGGUAUUGAGUAUCUGUGUUACGGGGAGUCCCGGAACUGUCUCACCUACGUAGAUAUUGGAUCGCUCGGGGAGGAAAACAUUUGCCAUACCGAUGUAGCACUGUUGCUGCAGAACCUUCCCAACCUAGCUACACUGCAGUCGUACUCGUUUGUUGGCCGUAGUUUGCAGUACAUACUGGAGAAGAAGGAAGCGAGCUUCCAGUGCCGCUUGGUGUACGUGCACGACACGGAAACGGACGGGGCGACGCUGGAUGCGAUCGUACGUUCCUGUCCACGGUUGGAGCACAUCUAUCUGGACUCACCGGAGGCAGGUAUACUGGAGAAGCUGCGAUCGGUAAAGUUACGCCGGCUGAAGCUGUACAAGUUUAGCUCGUACGAGCUGGUGGACUUGAUGGAGCACGUUGGCAAAUCCCUUUACCACCUGACCGUGAUCAAGGGCUAUGGACCGCUGGAGAUCGAUCGGCUCGUACGCUCCUGUCCGAACUUGAUCGAUCUCGACUUUUACAUGAUGGAUUCGUUGACGUUCACGGGCGACAAUAGUUUCACGAACCUGCAAGGGUUGGAGAUUUUGAGCAGUCCCAUUCAGAAACCUAGCUUGCGUCGUUUCAUCUGUCACACGACUACGUUGCGCCGGUUGGCGGUGGAUGCGGUUACGUUCUCCGAUGAGGACAUCAGCUCGAUGGUGAUCGAGCAUGACUUCUAUCAGCUGGAGGACGUUUGGUUUACAUCGGCACCGUACCUUUCAAUCGCAUCUGUGGAGAUACUGAUGGACCGUUGUCCGGAGCUGCAGAGCGUUGGCCAGCUGAGCGGAUGGGCACUGACGCCCGACGACGUGACGCUGCUCCGUGGGAUCCUGAAGAGUUGCAACUCCUCACUGGUGCUCAGUCUGUACCAGCCCCGAAGGAAAGCUAGGCUCGCCGUUUCGAGGAUCGUAGUGCGACGUGACUGAUCGCUAGCUCAUGCAAUAAAGAUCCGUCAAUGUGUACUGUACUGCAAAA